CAUAUGUAUUAUUAUUCAUUGUAAAUUGUUGAUUCUUUUAUUGUUUAUUUAUUUGUUUUGUGUAUUAUUUUUUAUUAUUUAUAUGAUUGUUUUUAACAAUGGAGUACGUUUCCUUGAUUAUCAGAUCUGCUGUUGAUGGACUAGCAGUUAAACUUGAUUCCAUGAACUCCAAACUGGAUAAUACCAUUUUACGUAUUGACUCCGCUGAGGAAAAAGUUGAUAUUCUUGAUGGAGAUGUAACGCAGUUAAGAGACGGAACAGAAACCGAGACCUGUGAAGUUAAUUUGCGACUCAGAAGUGACAGCCAACCAAAUUCAUCAAGAUUUUUGGAUAGCAAAAAAUACCCCUGCUAUUCAGGAAAGACUGGACAAACUUUGGAUGACUUUCGACCGAACAAAAACACAAAUCGAGGAAAUGAAAGCGAAAAAGGUGGAAAAAGAGGCACGUUGUCAAAAAGUAAAAUCGAAUCAGAAAACAUUGACCCAAAACCAGGCAGCAGUAAGACUGAGGAUGUGAUCAUCUGUAAUGAUACACAGCGUGAAACACACACACCAACAGUUUCCUGCGUGCGCAAUUUCUCUCUCUUCUAUCAGAAUGUGAGGGGAGUACGUACAAAACUUCAAGAUCUACGUGUGUCGGUUCGGUCAGCUGACUAUGAUUGUAUUGUGCUUACGGAAACGUGGUUGAAUGACUGUAUUGAUACUCAGGAACUUUCGUUUGAUAAUUAUGAUGUGUUUAGAUUCGAUAGAAAUGUUUUGACAGGAGAGGGUUCUCGUGGAGGUGGAGUUCUUGUGGCAGUUAAAAGGCAUCUUAAUGCAGUAUUAUUAUCUACGAACUGUAAAACAAUUGAACAUUUAUUUGUGAAGAUUGGGUAUUUUUCUUUAAUUAUAGGUGCGUUCUACAUUCCUCCUUGCGCAUCCCUUGACACUUUUAGUUGUUUAUGUCGAACAUUUGAAGAUUUGCUAAUACCUGAGUCACAAAACCCUGUAUGUAUUGUGGGAGAUUUUAAUGUACCUUUUAUUAGCUGGAAUAAUAAUAAUAAAAAUGAACCCUCUUGUACAGCUAAACUCAAUUGUUCAAUUAAAUUGCAUAAAGAUAUUGCGAAUGUUAUCUCUGAUACUUUGGAUUUUCUAGACUUUUCGCAAAUUAAUAAAAUCCCUAAUACUUUUGGAUCUAUUUUAGACUUAGUUUUUUGUAAUUUUUCUGAACUCGACAUUAAUUUAAGCUAUGAUCCUUUAUUACCCGUUGACAAUUUUCACCCUCCUCUAUUACUAAUGCUGCAUUUGAAUAAUAUUGAAACUACUGACAAUUUUCAAGACUCUCAUUCUGGUCUAUUAUCUUAUAAUUUUAAAAACGCUGACAUGGCGGCCAUUAAUUUAUACUUAAAUGAUAUUGAUUAGAU